AUGCCAUUCGUCAAGAUAUCCCCUCCUACCGGGCCUCUGAAUGUAUCGUACUCGAUUUCGACGCCGGAAUCACAUAAUGCGGAGACCAUACUGCACGGGCUUCCGACUGUGCUGUUUCUGCAUCCGGUUUACAUGCCGCAACAAGUCUUUGAAGCCCAAUUCUCAGAUUUGGGUCUUCGUCAGUUUAAUCUAAUCGCGUUCGAUAUGAGGUCCCACGGGGAGACGGAAGGGGUUAUCGGAGAUGUUCCAUACAAUGCGGCAGAGGACGUAUACCAUUUCAUACAAGCACUCGAGCUUCCUCCCUGCCACGUUUUCGCGUUGUCAAUAGGAUGCUCCGUAGCCCUCGAAUUGGCGUCAGCCCACCCAGAAUGCCUGCUGUCUCUCAUGUUGUGUUCUCCGCUGUCCGCCGAAGAGCCCGAAGACAUAGUAGCUGGGCGACUAGAAAUACAUCAGUACUGGUCGCAAGCUUCCCUUCAUCCUGGUACUGCUUUACAGCAUAUGCUAACCCGUGGAGAGAAGUCGGUGGCGUAUGAUAAGCAGCUCCUCGACGAGGCUGUUCUCGGAAUGAAGCAACUGGCAUUCAAUAACAGCAUGAACCCUCUGACGUCUGCCAUUGUGAACAGUGCCAUCUCCCAGUCCCUGCACCACUGGGCGGGCACUGAGGAGAGAACAAAGGAGGGAUUCCAGGCAGCGGUCAUGUGGCCACUGGAACGCAAGGUCCCAAGCAAGGAGGAUUUCCAGAAGAUAAAAUGUCCGAUCAGGAUUAUUUAUUGUCUCGAGGACGUAGCCUAUACUUCAGAAAGCGCACAAUAUCUGCAGGGGCAGCUCGGUGAUGCUGGGCUCGAUGUGCGAUUACACCAAGUUCACGGACCUCACUACGGAUGCGUUGGAGGUGCCAAAGAGUCAGUCAGUUUCCAUCUGACCUUCUGUCGAUCCCAGCGUGCUGACACUGCGUAUCGUUGGAUGGAUAGGAUCAAUCCUAUUCUUCGGCAGUUCGUCCUGUCGCUGCAUGUUAAUCAGCCAAAGGUCAUGAACGUCUCGAUAACGGCUGAGUCUGACGGCGUGAGGAUGAAGACGCCGUUCGACGACCUGUUGGAGCGGUUCGAUUAUCACCCUUCUGAUCAGCCAGAGAAUGAACUCGGCUUGUAA